AUGUAUUGGGUCCGGAUCCAGAAGUUCCUGGACCCGAUGGGCUCUAAUGGCGCAGAUUGCAGUUAUUUCGAAGAUCUUCCAAGAUCGACAACCGAAGAUCAAUUACGAGAAGCUAUUUGUAGAACGAUCGGUCUUGAGAAUAUUUCGCCGUUGUCUCUUCAUAUUGAAUUAAAUAAACAGGCAAACAACGCAUGUGUUAUUGCGUGUGAUGCUGCACGAAAAUGGGCUACGCAAAGUUUUCUUUAUCUCGAAAAUAAAUCAGUAUCAAAGAAAGAAAAUCUUACCUGUCGUUUACUCCUUCGUCCGAUUCCUGAAUCAUAUAAAAUAGAUACUACUGUUAAUCAUACGAUGUUCAAUAACAAAGCAAAAAUGAUUAAACAUCGUCACGACAAUUUAAUUCUCGAAAUAUCGGAUAAAAAUAUCUUUGACUAUUGUCUUAGAGUCGGAGCACUUCGUAUUAAUGAUAGAACAUCGUUGAUAAUGACAAUUUACACUCCAUUCAGUGAUCCGGAAGAGCGUGAGAUAGAUUCGGAUACUUGGUAUGAAAGUGAAAUGUUUCGAUACCAGCCUGACAUCAUGCAAUUCGUUUGA